AUGACAGGUUGUGGGCUGCAUGAAGUUGCAUCCUGUUCAGCCUCAGAGAGAAGGCACGGACGAAUGAGAGUCGCGCCUGGCAAACAAACAUCACGCCGCCGCCUGAAUGGGCUGUCACUGUCCAGUAUCAAGGGUUCUGGAGAAUGGGUUGAGCCUCAAAAUAUUAAGGACUAUUUUAUCGGGAUUCUGACGCCUUGGCAAGGCACAUUACGGGUACGGAGAAGUUACAUAGUACAUACCAUCGGGUCGAAGUGGAAUUAUUCAGGCUACCUACUCUACGAACUGCGAGGCGAAGCAAUGUCCAUGAAGACAAGGCAAGAUUGUCUUCUCCUGCGUGCAAUUGAUGCUGGCUCCUUUAAGGAGAGGCAUCGGUAA